UUUUUGUCCCCCGCGUUGCUUCUCUGUCAUUCUCUCUCUCUCUCUCUCUCUCUCUACUCCUUUCCCAACCCAGCAACCCCCAAAUCCCACCUGUCUUUCUCUGUUCACCGUCAGAAAAGCAAGACAAAGCAAAACAAAAACAAAACAAAAGAAAAAGAAAAAGAAAAGGAAAAGCGAGACACAGCACAUUCAUCACCAGCACACCCUCAGAGAUUAUCAGCGGCGCGGUUUAGUGGCACAUGCCCCACCUCCCGGUUACUUUGUACGGUUGGAAAACAAGAACGCGGAAGACGAUUUAUAUCUGAGAAAGAGAGUCAGGAUGCGUAGGUGGCUUUGUUGCACUUGUCAAGUGGAAGAGUCUUAUCCAUCAAAUGAAAACGAACAUUUGAAGAGCCCGAGGAACUAUUCAGAUGGAAACAAAAAUGGUUCAAGGGUCGCAGCUCCUGCCAAACCUGAAGUGCAAAAGUCGGCACCCCCUCCUAUUGAAGUUCCCGCUUUGUCUCUAGAAGAGCUUAAAGAGAAGACCGACAAUUUUGGAUCCAAGGCAUUAAUCGGUGAAGGUUCCUAUGGAAGAGUGUAUUACGCAAGCCUGAACAAUGGGAAAGCUGUGGCCGUAAAGAAGCUCGAUGUUUCAUCUGAACCUGAGACAAAUGUCGAGUUCUUGACCCAGGUAUCCAUGGUUUCUAGAUUGAAGCAUGAAAAUCUUGUCGAGUUGCUUGGUUAUUGCGUUGAAGGGAAUCUCCGUGUGCUUGCCUAUGAGUUUGCCACCAUGGGAUCUCUACAUGAUAUACUGCAUGGUAGAAAGGGAGUUCAAGGGGCACAACCAGGUCCAACUCUGGACUGGAUGCAGCGGGUGAGGAUUGCGGUUGAUGCUGCUAGAGGUUUGGACUACUUGCAUGAGAAGGUUCAGCCUUCUAUUAUACAUAGAGAUAUCAGAUCUAGCAAUGUACUUCUCUUUGAAGAAUUCAAAGCCAAGGUAGCAGAUUUUAAUCUUUCGAAUCAGGCCCCCGACAUGGCUGCCCGUCUUCAUUCUACUCGAGUUUUGGGAACCUUUGGUUAUCAUGCACCAGAGUAUGCAAUGACUGGACAACUGACGCAGAAGAGUGAUGUGUACAGUUUCGGAGUGGUUCUUCUAGAGCUUUUGACCGGAAGGAAACCCGUUGAUCAUACCAUGCCCCGUGGACAGCAGAGUCUUGUUACUUGGGCUACUCCAAGAUUGAGUGAAGACAAGGUUAAGCAGUGUGUAGAUCCAAAGCUGAAGGGAGAAUAUCCCCCAAAGGGAGUUGCAAAGCUGGCAGCUGUGGCCGCCUUGUGCGUUCAGUAUGAAGCCGAGUUUCGGCCAAAUAUGAGCAUUGUUGUGAAGGCACUUCAACCGCUUCUGAAACCACCAGCUCCUGCUCCGGACUCUUCAUUAUAAGAGUUAUAAGCAAAUGCUGGCCAAUUCUGUUGUCAGUUGAAAUUUGUUCAUCCUUCGAAUGUUCUGGUCUCGUUCGCCCGAGGAUUUUGAGACGAAAGUUGCUAUAUAUGCAUAUAUUUGUUUAUUUUUUAUUUUCAUAAAAUGAGAUUGGGAGUGUAUUUGGGUUGGUUGGCCAAUUUUAUGUGCAUUGCUAAAGUUGUUCUGUUUCAUAGUGAACCAAGGGUGUAAAAGACUAAUAUGAGGAUGGGAUAUUUCUUACUUAAAAUGUUUUUUCUUUCCUUUUUAAAAAAAAAAAUUAUAUUUCUGGUUCUCUAAACGUGUAUGAUUUUUCAUGAAAAAAAUUGUUUCUUUUCA